CUUAUUCCUGUUCUUUUUUUAUUAUAUUCACUUCCAUUUCUUUAUUUCUUCACAACCUCACUUUCAUUGCGUGAUGUGUAUGUGUUUGGUGCUCCCUUGUAUCUAUGUUUGUGUGAUUAUUACGCAACCUCAUUUGAUAUUUAGUCUCGAAUCAAUUUAUAAUGCAAUAUUUUCUAUUCUUCUAUAGACAUAUUGACUAUACAAUUGUAAAUACGACUGUACAGCUUAAGUAAAUUAUUUUAUCGUAAAGAUUUUAUUCGCUGAAUUAUCUUUAUUUUUACUCAAUGAAACAAAAUGUUAUUUUAAUUAACCGAUGUUUAUUUUCGUCUGCUUUUUUGGCGAAGUAUAGUCUUGUCGGGAAUAGCAAUCUGUCCGACACUGUGCGUAGCCUAACAUUAGUAUGGAUUUUAUGACUGGGAAAUAUCGAUCCAGAACCGAUAUGCGCCAACAUCUGCUUUAGCGAUAAAAUGGUUUGAGUUACCUACUACUUCACUAACUCGUAGCUGUAUCAGUAAGAAUGUUUAACUGAUAGAAAUUUCAGUGUCAUUGAGAAAAAAUACUACUGGCGUUCCUAAAUUUACGCAAUCUAUAAUAGUGAACUAUCUAAUUCACUAACUAGUCCUUGGUGCUAUGUGUCUUAAAUCGUAGUUUUAAUACAUGACCGUUGGUAGUGGAUAUCAGAAAACUGUAAUUGUUGUGUCAUAUAAGUACCAUGGGUACUAUCAUGAAUGAGACUUCGAUUUGACUAAACCUUUUUAAAAUAUUGUUUAAAAAUCUUAUACUUAUUUGUUUGAUAUUUUCGGUGCUAACUUUUAUACAGGAUGAUCAGAUCUACUGGUGGUUUGCCGGAAUCAUCCACAACGUUUAAUAAACCGAACUGUGAUAGUGACGGCCAACGCAAUACAGCUAACAGUUUAAAUAAUGUUGUUGUUGUUACAGUCCCGUCAGUUAAUCUGACAAAUCCAUCUACUUCAGUGAUUGUUGUUAGUCAAUCGACUACUACGAUGUCUAGUUCUAGUCGUAAUUCUCGAAAUAACAUUAAUUACAAAUGUUCCUGCAAAGAGUUAGCAUCUCAUCCUUCUCAUCGUUCUAAUCAUUAUUUAUCUGGUGUUCAUUCAUCACAUUUUCAACAUCAUGGUAAUCAUCAUCACCAUCAUCAUCAUUAUAAUCAUCCUGGUCAUAAAGAAAAUUACACCUCUCGUAGUGUCGUUGAAAGUAGUAAUUCAUCUUCCGCCAGUGGGAUAGGCAGUGGGACUAGUUCAAGUCAUCAUUAUUCUUCACAUUAUUCUACAUCUCAUCAAACUGCUUCAACUUUUCAACAGAACAUAAGACAUAAUUCAUUCCCCAUUAAAUGGAAACCAGCGAUAAGUAGACACUUACAAGAGUUCAUGAUCAGUCUAUUGUUAUUAUUUCCUCUGAUUCUUUUUUUAGAAUGGGAACAGUUUCAUGCACAUCUGUUACAUUCGAAUAAUAUUGUUACAAAAUCAUGCUGUACUGGAGCAACAACAAUAAAUAAUGGUACACUGACAACAGUGGCUAUUAACAAUCAGUUUACCACAUCUGGUGAUUCUACUAAUAAUCAUGACAGCCCAUCAUCAUCAAAUGACAUGACUUCAUCAAGAACUAGUUUAUCUGAUAAUUCUUCAUCAGGGCAAAUCGCUAAUUCCCAAUCUAAUAAUAAUGGUAGUAAUAAUAAUAGUGGUAAUAAUUCACCCUCGAUAAUUGAAUCAAAUAUUAUUGGUCGUAGUAGCGGUAGUAGAGUGAAUGAUUUACCUGUUACACUGGCUACUAUUACUACUACUACUACUAUUAGUGAUACAACACAAGGGCCUGGUAGCAAUAAUGCCAGUAGUAACACUUGUGGUGUUGCGAUAAGCAAUUGUAGUAGUUAUCCUAGACGUAAACAAAGUUGUGGAUAUGUUACAAAUCAAAUGGGGAAGGUUAUGAAUACAGGUAAGUUAUUGACAAAUCCAAAUAAUAACUAAUAAGGUAAUCAAUGUGUUUGUUUUAUUCAAUCUCUAUAUACUUCAUUUAUAUUAGCGUGUGGAGAAAUGAAGAUGAUUCAAGAAUAUGGUAAUGAAUUGAGACAAUUAUAGAAUACUUGAUUUAUUAAGAUUCCCAAAUGUCACUAUCAAAAGCUUUGGUUCUCCUUACGCUUUCGUAAGGCUCAAUAUUUUUGUCAUUUUGCUACAUUACAAGCAGUAUUUUUCAACAAAAACAUUAAUUUAACUUGUAACUCACCACCAUUGUUUCCAUAUAUUUGAUCAAGUUUCUAUAAUAGAUCAUUAGUUUUCACAAGGUUACACUGAUGAAUGAUAACGAUUACGGAAUUUAUAUCUAAGACUUCGCUAAUUAGUUACAAAUAUCUCAUAUCAAAUAACAUGAGUAGUCAUGAAACAGGUUUAGUGCUUCCUACUAGCUAUCGGUUCUACUUCAUUUCUUUAACCGUGAAAGUAGUCUUAUGAAAUAGCCAUACAUUAUGGCUAACAAUGGAGUCCAGGACACACCUUUCUAUCCUGUUUGCGAUUUUUCAGUUAAAUUUAUUAACAUCCCUGUGUUGAUAUUCAUAAUGGGACCUCUCAAUUCGUACGCUAAUGCGUUAUCCACUGAGUUACUGAGUUCAAAUAACCACUAACUUGUUCAAUGUGUAUGAUAUUCAUAUCAUUGUUGGUGUGUGUUUGAUCAGUCUUUUUUGACAUAUGUGAAUCCUGUGCUGGUCACCUUGAUAAUAUAAAUUCUGUCACAAGUUGUUCAUGGAAUUGGAUGCUGGUAUAUUCAACUAACGAGUUCCAAAUUAAAUAAAACAUACCGUCUCCCUGGAUUCAUUUGCUAGACACGAUCUAUCUUUUUCAUAAAACUUUAACAAAACGGCUGUAUCAGGGUAAUCCGUACGAUACACAAAUGAUACAUGAAACAGAUCUAAUCAGUAUUCAGUCCUAAAUAUCAACAACGGAUUAACUUAAACCCAUAAUAAUAAUAUAAGUUAUGUUAUGGUAUUUAUAUAGCGUCGUGCAUCUUUCAUUCUAUGGAAGAGAUGUUCAGCCACUAAGUCCCAGAUUCGCGUCACGCUACACCUACUUUAGUUCGGCCAACUAGAUAUUAUUAUUAGCUCUCAUCACGCUUAGAGAGUGGAACAUACUCAAGUACUUUGUGAAUUAGUUGACUUCAGUUUCCUUUUUUUAAUUCCAUGGAAUCAUUUAUUUUUUUGACAAAAUUACACAUCUGAGUGAUGUUCCUAUCACCAUAAAUUUUCUCCACACGAUGCAUUCAUUUUAGAUCUUAUCUGAUUUAGAAAUGUUAACAAAUUAUAUAGUUUAAUAUAUACUAAACUCAACUCUAUACUAAACCUAUAGUUUAACUUACUUCAGGAUUGUCCUACGUUGGCACCCAUAAUAGUGAUAGGAAAUAAAGUGGUUGACUGUGUUGACCGCUUCAGUUAAUAUGGUAUACCAACCUGGAUCACUAAUAUGAUGGUCCAAAAAUAUACGAGCAGUAACUCGAAGAUACGUUUGUUUGAGUACCAGUAGCCUACGAGUAUCCUCUAUUUUUAAAGGCCAUGUUUCACAGUAAAAAGUACGGAGCGAAUUGCCACCCAGAAUACUCGUCCUUUAGUUGGUAGAUAGAUAUUUCGCCUACACCGCAAGUAACGCAAGUUGGCGAAAAACCAAUCGAGCUUCCUAAUUCGUCCUCAGAUUUCAUCACUCACUAGGGCUGGCAUUUAUACCCUCUUACUCAUUUCAGUCUUCUCAUUUUCCUUAAUGAGUUUGGUGUAAAUAUCCUGAGUCGGAUCGCAGAACUCAACAAAUAAUCUCUCUCUCCUUCAGUCACACAAACAAAAUGACUCAAAUCUGAGCACACACACUCCCAUUUGGUAAAUGAGUUACUAUCUCUUUCUCUUGUGCCUUAAAGGAAUUUUCUCAAAUUAGAUUGUAUUUUAGUGGCCCAUGGAUCUGACUCCAAGAAUAUUGUAAUUAUUGAUUGUUAUUGGAAUAUAUAUGUUGCCUAUCCUCGUAUAUAAUCAUCGACUUAAAUCGCGUUAGUCAAUAACGGAAUUAUAUAAGUCGAAUAACGAGAAUGGAUUUGUGAAUACAUAUAUUUUGUAUAUAAGGCGAAUGGAGUAGAAAGAAGAGAAACGACGCACAGUGAAGAUGGCUGGUAAGCCAACUCUCAUUUAACCAAGCGUUAAUCAAUAGUUAUAGUUACACAAAGGUAAGUUACAGACAUGUGUUGAGUAAUGAGAUAAGAAAUGUACACACACCUACGCGCUCAUAUAAAAACAGUCAAGAUUGAUAAGCGAAUAAAUAACAAGGUCAGAAUGUGGCUCAAGCAGAAUGAAUAGAAUGGACUGUCCGAAAGCUAGAAUAAGUAUCAAUAAUAUUGAAUUAUCGUGUUGCGUGUUAUAUUUAUAGAUUUUGGUGACCAUCUACGUUUAUCUUCUUUUAAACAUAAAAAUGAUGCACCAUAGGUUCAUUGGGGUGGAAAAGAAAUCAGACUUCAGGAAGAAAAAACUCCUCACCUGGGAAUUUCAACAAUCGAUAUCCUGUAAGUUACUUCAGUAAUCGAAACUCUCCAUUCAUUAUAUCUACCACUACUACUACUUCUACCACUGCUACAUCAAACAGUCUACUUCCUGUCGUCACGUAUAUUUCAUCAUCUAUAACCACCAUCACCACCACCACUACCACAACAACAACAACUCCAACAGUAGUGAAUUUAUCAAAUACUGAUCAAAUGACUAUCACCACUGUAACCGUAAAUAAUCAACCCAAUUCGCAGAGUUCAAGUGUGAUUGAUUUUAAAACUAAUCCUUCAGUACCCACUCUAUCGUCGUCAUCAUUAGAGAGUUGUAUACAACAGAAAGUUUCUUCUCUUCCUGAAUCCAAUUCAAUUUUUAAAGUUGAUAUUUACAACACUUUGACUGUAACAAAUUCAAUAAUAAAUUCACAAAAAUUGGAAAUAAAAACAGAGAAUAUUGAUAAAGUUUCAGAUAUGAAAAUUCAUGUUAACAACAACUGUGUUGUUAUAGCACAACAACAUCUGUCUGACUUACAUCUUACCAGUGGUGAUGAUAAUAAUAAUACAGUUGUUAAGUUGAAAGAAGAUAUUCCAGUUGACGAAUCGACGAAAAAUUCAUGUGUUACUUUAUCCAAUUCAUCAUUUUUAUUAUUGCCUGAAGAAGAGAAAACAUCAACUACUGCAUUGAUUUCGAAAGUUGAUCAAGAAAUCGGAAGUUCAAUUAGCUGUGGAAAAGUUGAAGAAGGUGAGUGCUACUGGACUCCGGAUCCCCCAGCCUCUCCUGAAAAUAACACUAUCCCACAUGAAAAUUAUUCCAGUACUUAUCAUUCAACUAGUAUAUCUCCAAGUCCUCCACAACUGUCAGUUUCAUUACCAUGCUCAAAAGAUCUAAACACUACUGCCUAUCAUCCACCGCUUGGUAUCCGCACAGAAUUAUCUUCAAUGCUUGAUUUUCGUCGAUGCAGUCAACCCAGAGAUUUUCCUCUUAUCUCUUCAUCUAACAAUAGUAGGUUAGAAAGCCUCAAUGAUGUUGAUUAAAAUUCUAAUCAGCAUUCUUUUUCUACUGUCCGUUAUAAUCAUCAAUAUUUAAUUGCCUCCAGGUUUCCUUUAUUUUGGAAAAACUAAAAACCCACUUUAUUUUCGUUUUGACCAAUUGACAAACCGGUGGGUUCCUCUGAACCUGCACUUACGCUUGUCACAUUUUUCUUAUACUGCAUUAAAUUGUUUUAGUCCCCUAUUUAUCUGAUCUAUUUACCUAUAUAGUUAUACAAUAAAAUCUAUGAUUUGAGACUGUAUAAUAAUUUUAUUCAGCUAAUCAUAUAACUUAUUAUUUGAGCGGAUUUUGCAUUUGCUUAUUUGUUAUUUUUAAUUGCGAAGUUGAUUAAUUAUCGUUUACUGAUUUUGUUUAACUACUGAUAUCGUUCGUUAGUAAUAUAAUCUUUUAUUUCAUUUUGUUUUUACCCCAAUACUUGUAUUUUUAUCGUUCGUUCAAGGGGAUUAAUAAUGUAAGCUGGUAAUUUAUUUAUUAUUGUUAUUAUUCUGUGUAGGUAUCUUUUAUGCUGCCAACUGUAUGUUUAUUUAUGUUGUCUUGUGCAUUUUCCAGGUUUUGUCCCCUCACAGCCUCAAUUUGAAAUUUUUCUGUGCUAUUAUGGAUAAUUUCCAUAGUAGUAGUAUUAUUAGUAUUGUUUAUUUCUUAUUUGGCUGAUUUUCCAUGUUUUAAUUUUAUAAUAAUACAUUUCAGAGUAGAGGUUUUUUUACUUUGCCAUCUUACUGUCGACAUAGUGAUGAUAGAACUACUGUGCUUACUGGUUGAAGUAUUAACUUGUCAAUCUGCGAGUAACGGGCUUAGAUCGAGCUCCACGCAAUUCGGUUUGAGCAGUGGG